AUGGACACGGUCUGGAGAAGGCGAGGCGCGCUGGUGGGAUGCCACCUCUGGAAGAGGGUGCUUCUUCUUUUCCUGUGGAAAGUGUCGGACAGCCCAGCAGGAGCAGCAGGAGUUGGACCAGGAGGAGGGCUGGAUUUCUCCCAGCCCCGGUUCUCCUCCUCCCUUCCCACCUACCUCCCAGUCCAAUGCCAGCUAAGUGGUGCAGACUCUGCCUUCUUCCUGCGGGAAGCCAAUCAAGAGGUGAUGCGAAACGGCAGCCUUUCAUCGUGGACUGAGCCCUUCUUCCUCCACCAACUGGAACCAGCCGUCGCCGCCCCACAAUCCCUGCCAAGUGUCAAUUGCAGCUACGGAAACCUGAGCAUUGAGCAGCCAAUCCCAGUGGAGCUGCUUCAGGGACCACCACCACAUCUGCUGCUGCCGACCAACCAGGUGACUUUGAACUGGAGGGUCAAAGGUCAAGUGGUGGUGCCCAGAGUGGGGUCAACACGGCCCUGGAUACAGGUGCUGUUUUAUCUGGUAGGGCGGCGUUGGGAUGAGCCUGAGCCGCCUCCUUUAGCCCUCCUCCCAUGUGUCAGGGCCAUGGCCAUCCGUGACACCAGUGAAGCAGCACCCUCGGCGGGCUGCCGGCUCAUGGGUCCAUCUGGCAUCUGUGUGGUCCGUCUGGAGAUUCCCCCAGCUUGGUUUACACCACCGCAAGUGAGAAAAAGACUUCCUGAAGUGACUCUACCACCAGUGGAUGUGUAUUACUCAAUCAUACCAGUGGAAGGAGCUGGUCAAGAGUGUCCCUCCAUUGUUAAUGAGCCAUGGAGAGGUCAGAAUGCAAACGUCGGGCCUCUUGGAGGCCUGGGCAUGGGCCAGUGGAGCCUACCAGUGGAUGGGGGUUUACAAGACAUGCUGAAAGCUGGUUCUGUGGCAAUGACCGUUGGCCCAGUUUCUGCCAAAGGAGAAAAAUUGAGACUGGAUGAAAAUGUGGAGGUUCUGGUACCACCCAGUCCGGUUCGGCUUGGCAAGACGGUGGCGUUUGGCGUCUACAUGAAGACAGGUUCAAACACGGAACAGUUUACAUUGAGGGUGUGGUUCCAGUCAGGCAUUAACUUCCUGGCUGUGAAACCCAGCAACCUCGUUGCGUGGGAGAUCAAACAGGAAAUGGCGCCGGGAAGCAGUUCGUUGGCAGUGAUGUGUCAGAGAAGGGCCUCCUCCGCAGCAGAAAGAUUGGAAAGUCAAUUGUAUGAGGUGAUGCAGCUGGAAUUUGAGGUGGAUAACGUGAUCAACCUGGUUCCAACCCAGACUUUGCACUGGAAGAUUGAGUAUCCAGCUGGCAUGCAGACAACUUCCAGACAAACAGAGAAAGUCUCGCACCUCUACAUCACCAACGCAGAUAUACAGGGAAUCGUACCACUGGCUGAGGACACAGAGGUGGUCAACACAGCCAUUCUCACGGGUCGGCGCGUCGCAGUGCCUAUCAAACUGGUUACCGUGGAAACCGACGGGCAAGUGAGGGAGGUGGACGACUUGGUCACCUGCAGCUCGACAGACGUGGACGUGGUCAAGGUUUCCACAAACUGUGACCAGGUUUUGGUGAAUGGUAAAGAAAUGCGCGGCCGUCAGUCUUUGGCAGUCAACUUUACCUACCUGCACCUAUCUGCUCAGCUGCAGCUCACAGUCUGGGUGCCCAAGCUACCUCUGCAGAUAGAUGUGUCAGAUACUGAGCUGAGCCAGGUUAAAGGCUGGAGGGUACCGAUCAUCACUAACAAGAGACCUACCAGAGAUAGUGACGAUGAUGAGGAUGAUGAGAGGAAGGGCAAAGGCUGCACCCUACAGUACCAGUACGCCUUGGUGCGAGUCCUUACCCAUUUUGUCGCAGAACCCUCUGACCCAGGAGGGGAGAUGGUCUACAUGUUGGGUGCGGACUGGCAAGCUGAUAUCACUCACUUGGUCUUGGAUCAGCUAAAGGUAGAAGAUCCACGCAUUGCCAGACUAAUAGACGGACGAAUUCUGAUCGGACGGGAUCUGGGAAUUACCACUAUACAGGUUCUGUCCCCGCUGUCUGACUCCAUUCUUGCAGAGAAGACUGUAACUGUUUUGGAUGACAAGGUCACCAUCACUGACCUGGGUGUCCAGCUGGUUGCGUCUCUGUCGCUCAGUUUGACAGCAAGUCUUGGAAAUGACCAGGCUAUACAGCUAACAACUACAGCCACUGACCUGCUACACACAUCCAAACAGGAAGCAGCGAUCAGUGCGUGGAUCCAGUACAGUGACGGUUCAGUGACACCGCUUGAUGUCUAUGAUCCCAAGGACUUCCUCCUCUCAGCUGUAUCAUUGGAUGAGAGUGUCAUCUCCAUAACCAAUCAGGAACAGCACUGGCCUAUUGUAGUGGCAGAAGGUGACGGACAGGGAACGCUGGUUCGUGUAGAGAUGGUCAUCUCUGAGACCUGCCAGAAAUCCAAAAGGAAGAGUGUGCUGGCAUCUGGAGUUGGCAAUGUGAUAGUUAAGUUUGGAGCAAAGAGCGAAGAAAGAGGUGUGAUGGGAAGAAAUGGACAGGACGACGGAGGAGGAAUAGACAACAGCACCAGUGAGCACCAAACAAAGGAUGGAAGGGAGUGGAAGUCUAACAGUGCAGCAGUGGAUCGAGAGGAGGGAGCCAUGAGAAAGGUUAGCACAACAACCAAGAGCACAGUCACCCAUCGUGCUUCAGGUGGUAAAGCUGCCAGUGGAGGCAGCAGCAGCAGCCGGGGCGGAGGCCCCAGCCAAGCAGGGGACUACAGUAACUACCCAGCACAAGUGGAGGUACCAGGCACUGGGGAUAGUGAGCUGACUCAGACCACCAGAGGACUGUCGGACCUAGAGAUUGGAAUGUAUGCCCUUUUGGGUGUAUUCUGUCUGGCAAUACUGGUCUUCCUUAUCAAUUGUGUCAGCUUUGCUUUCAGAUAUCGUCACAAGCAGGUUCCCGUGCUGGAAGCAGGAGGCAACAUGAACCACGCCCAUGACUGGGUGUGGCUUGGCAACGAGGCCGACCUUUUAGCUGACCACUCUGACCAAUGCCAGGGCAGGCUGCCCGAUGAGUGCACCACCAUCAUUGACCGGAAUGAAGGAGGACACGAGGAGAACAAGUACCUGCUGAACGGGGCCGGUAACACCUUGGUGAUGGGCGUGAGCACAAGCAUGGGCACCAUUAGUAAGGGUGGUGGCACAGGUGGACACCGGGGUGUCACCCACGGACAGACUUUGCCCAGAUCGGUUCCAGAACCUCAUCAGUGCCUUUCAGCAAUCACUACUGGUGGCAAAAAUGCCACUGGCCAAGCGGAGCAUCUGAAUAAUUCCCCCGGAUCCACAGCUGCAGCUGCAGUUGCAGCCGCCAAACGCAAGAGGGUCCAGUUCACGUCUUUUGCCACUGUUGUACCUAAUGAUAAUUUGGGUGGGGGUGGACCUUACACCAACUCAUCAGUCCUGGUGACCAAUGGGAACGAGGAUGACAUCAAGUGGGUGUGCCAGGAUAUGGACCUGGGUCAGUCUGAAAUCAGAACGUACAUGGAGAGGCUACAAGACAAUCUGUAACUAAUGGGUAAGAGACUGAGAAAUGGAGGGGCAGAGGAUGAGUGCAGGAACAGGAACAACGGACAAUGAGUACAAUUCACCUGUAAUGCCUUUGCAAUGGAUGAAGGGAGGGAGAACAGGAGGAAUAUAAGAACAGUAAAGGGAAUAUAACGUGUAGCGAAGAGUUUAGAAGAUAAUUGACCAGACAGUGUAGGGGGUGCUUACAUUUAGCUCCCUGAGGCGAUGGAAAGCAUACUGUAACCACUAGCUCACACUGAAAUCAAUAGUAGCAAACAAUAACAUUAAGAGUUUGUUUAAUAUUAUUUAUUGUGAAGAUAUUAGUGUAAAAAUCCAUAAUGAAGUCACCAUUGGUAAUGAAUGUUUAUUUCCAGAAUACCAGUAAACCAUUGUGUUCUACAGUAAAUUCAGGGUAUGUUAUUGAAUAAACAUAAUCAAGCCACUACACAUUUAAACAAGGAUAGCAAGAACAUCAUUUCUGAAGUAUUUUUUACUCAUAUGGUGUAUUUCCAUCAUUGGCUGUGGCUGUUGAUUGAUUAUUGAUAGAUCUAGUUUUAAUAUUAACCAGCCAAGUUUACUGAAUGGUUAUAUAAUGAUUAUGUUCACUGAAGAAUAGGUGUACAUCAAAGAUACAAUAUGUUUGUUUUUGUUUUAUCACUUGACCCAUCUGCUUUUGGCAUUGCUCAUAAGUGAAAUGUAAAAAUAUAUAUAUAUAUAUAUAUAUUCCAAGUACUCAUCGAUGAAUUCAGGCACCAGUGGGAGCUGACUUUGGGAGAUCUUGCGCUUUCUUUAAACAACAGAAUGUUUAAAGAGUUGAAAAAAAGUAUACACAAAAGACAGUUUCUCCCUUGGAUCCAUACAGAGGCAUUUAAACUUGCACAAUUAGAGACAGGAAAGGACAUUAGCCACACACGAGGCUUAUUUCCUGUUUCGUGAAACCCUCGAUGGCAGAAGCGGCACUCUCCAAGUAUUCAAAACCAAUCGCAUAAUCCCCUGGCCCCUCUCUUUGUCUGGGACUGGACAGCAGGAGGAACUUUGGGAACUGAAGUACACAGUGAAAUACUGUCUGUAAACUAAAAGGGGACUUACUGAGGUGACUUAUAGAAAAAGAAGGCUACAAGGCUGCUCUGGCUUUGCAAAGCCCGAACACUAUAAUGAGGAUUCUUUAAAAAGAAACAAUGUAGGCAACGAGACGGACCAGAGGACCUGCAGUGUUAUACAUGAAGCUAACAGGAUAUAUUGAAUGAAAUCACAAUACAAAUACGAAUGGAGUGACACUCGAAUAGAUACCGGGUCACGAAACAUGUUUGUUUUGCUGAAAAUAGUUAUGCAUAUUAUUUUACUUUUGUUUGUCUUACUGUAUUUUGAUAAAUAGAAUGUUUUAUUCAAUGUUUUUCAUUGUUACAUUUUUUUUCCUCAUUUGGAAGGCUAUUAGUUGUAGCUUUUUAUUUCAAAGAUGUAUUAAGAUUCUAAGAAUAUAUGAUUAUUUUUUUCUCCUAGAGAUCUAUUUAUUUAAAUUAACAUUUUGAGAGGGUGAGGACAGAAAGAAAGGGCAACGAUCGAAAAGAAUAGACCUGCUGGUGAAUAGCACAUAAGAGAACACAGUGAAAGGAAGGAGACUGAACAGGCAGAGGUUGCCUCACCUUCAUUAAGCUCAGGUGACGAGUCGUGACGAACUGACAAUAAAAAAGGAAAUGUAAGAUUGUUAAGACUGCAAUAUUUAUUUAUAAAUGUGUCACUGUUUCAGAGUACAUGUAUGUUGUAGAUAAAUAAACAUGCUUCAAAGUGCUUGUGAAUAAGACUGCAGGUCACUAGCCAACAACACGGUGAUAUUUUGUACAUUUUACAGUGCAAAUAUGGUACACAAUACUAUCUAUCACCCCAAUGUGAACGUGAUCUUAUUGAUUCUUUUUCUAAAGAUGUUCAUGUCUUUGUUUAAAGUAUUGAAUGAAUUAUUGUCUUUGUACAGGGUAGGAAUCCGUUUACCUCCUUAAUGAGAUGUAAAAAUGGAUGUAGUGAUCACACUCAAAAGUGCUUGAGGUUGAUGAGUUCAAGACAUCCAUUUUAGAAAGAAUGCCAAAGCAAAAUGUUAAGAUGUUGGGCCAGUCAAAAAGAAAACAAAACCUGAAUCUGGACUACCACAGAUAGAAACAUUUCUGUUUUCAAUCAUUUUUUUUAACAAGAUACAUGAUAAAAAUGCACAUGAAAAUCACAAUGGUCAAGUUUCAGGUCUGACACAGAAUUAAUACAGGAUUCAAAGGACAGAGAGCAUGAAUAGGCACAGAUAAGUGACCUGAGCUGACUCCAAAUGGGGGAACUAAAUGGGCUGCACAGCCUCCACCAAAGCAAUAGAUAUUUUGACUGAUGAUGGCGACUAUAUACUGUGUGUUCAGGACUCACACACAUUACUGUAUCUCACUUACUCUAACGUAGACUGCUCUGAUGGAAAGGAUCAGUUUGGUACACAUUUGAUAGUCGCUGGAUGUAGAAUUGUAGCAAUGCUUUCAAUGAAUAACCUUUUGACUCUCGACUAGAACUGUGAGGUGAAACAUAUUUUACAGCCUGUGACACCAAUUCUACAUGUUGUACAAUUUUAAAAAUGAAUGGAUGUCAACUGAAAAAAAUACAAGAUUAUUUUGGGUUAUUUUUGGGGCAUUUCAGCUUUUAUUUUAAGCCAGAGAAAGACAAGUCUUCUGUGUGUAGCCAUGGUGGAAGGACCACAAUUCACUGCAUGCUUACUGAACUACUGCUGAACCUUAGUACAGUUCCCCAGACACUUCUUUGCCAUCUUUGCAGCUGUUAGAAACAGCCAGGUUAGUUUGUUGCAACUAGAAAGACUCAUGCUUAUUCGGUUUUACCAAGUACCAUUCAACAAAGAAUGAUCAAGUGCAGAAACAAGAGUAUUUAUUUUUGUCCACAUUCCUCUGAUUGACGGGCUGUUUCGCUGGCAUACUGGGAAAUUGAUCCAUCUCCUACAGAAUGAUGUUCACAUGUAACCAAUUUGUAAUAGCAAUUUUUAGCCCGUGCAGGUAGAAAUGUAAUGUUCAUAUAGGCCAAGUAAGAAAGGGUUUUGUGGUAAGGACAAUGUGUACGGUUCAUACUAUCAACGUUGACUUGGGGGGGGGGGGGGGGGGGGGGGGGGGGACGACCUCUAGGUCACCCAGUAGAGUGUGCGCCCCAUGUAGGCUGAGUCCGUGGCUGCAACCGUUGGUUUGAAUCCGAACCACGACCCUUUGCUGCAUGUCUUCUCCCCUCUCUCUCCCCUUUCAUGUCUUCAAGCUGUCCUGUCGAUUAAUGGCCCAAAACAACCUAGAACCAAUGUUGACUUUUUCAAUACUUGACAUGAUGCUACACAGGAACAGUGCAUUACAUCCAAAACUUAUUUUUCUAUUGCAAAACAGUUUCAUAUGAACAUAAGUCUGAUGAGAGAGGUUCUGAAACAGAUCUUGAUGCCUUUGAACUGGAUGAUUCAGUUGUUCUAUAUGUUGUCACUCAGCCUUUAUUUAUACACACUAGUUGGGCUAUGUGUCUACAGAGGAUCUGCACAAAUGGUACUGCCUUAUUUUUUUGGGUGAUUUUAAAUUAUUAGCAACUGUCGACGCCAAUCUUGCAAUAAAAUUUGAGUGAAAUAAAUAUAUUAUCCUAAAACCAUAUUAGUUUUGUAUAUGGUAAUAGCAUCUCUCAACCAACUUGUUGUCAGACCAAUGUAGGCUGGCAUUUUUCUAAACAAUUGGAUGAAGCCAUUGCAAACAUGACGUAGCAGUAGUUCAGCCAGCAAUCAAACAGUAAAAAAUAGGAACUCUACAUUGGCUUUUUGUGCU